AUGGAAAAAAUACUUCAUUCACUCUUGGCAUCUAAUCACCACGAAAGUGUAAAAAAAAAAUUUGUAGAAAAACUCACCACGCCCAAGUACGAAAUGCCUGAAAGUGAUUGGGAAAAACUAUGCAAUUUUUCAUAUGAUCUUUUAUUAGAGCAUACAACUCGUGUACACGCUGAGGUUGGUGAAUAUAUUCUCGCUUGGGUGGCCCGUACUCAAACACAAUUAUAUAUGGAAUAUUUUAAUUCAGACGACUUGAAACAUAGCCUCGAACAAGUUGGUGCAAAU